AUGGCUCUUGCUGCAAUGAAAAAUCACAUUAUCAAGAUGGUCAACGACAAAGCUCUCACCUUCUCUGAUGUCCUGAAUACCCCUAGAAAUAGAAGGCUUGAGAGAACCGGGGGCUUCAACCCUUCCAUCUUCGUUGAUCGUGAGGAGAAUGACACCCUGAGAGUGUAUGCUUUGGAGCCGGCACAAGGUAACUGGAAAGUUGCAAUUUCGAACGAGCAGUUUGAUAUCACUUCACUUCUGCAGCCACAGAUUGUCAGAAUGGAACGUCUCGAAGGAAAGUCUCUUCCCCUUGGUGGUGAAUCUUCAUCGUGGGAUUACGAGAUCUUAAGCUCGAAUGGAUCAUACGGUAAGGCCUUAGAAAAUCAUGAGAACCAGUCUGGCAAAAUUGUGGCCAAGCAGUGGGAGGAGGCCCUAAAAGAGGUCGCUGCAAUCAAGGGAUUGAACUUAAAAGAUCUCCGCCAAGAUAAACUUAUAGCUGUUGCUCUGGAAGAAGUUUUCAGUAAGUUGACACCUAUGCAGAGAAACUGGUGUGAUGAUUUGGUGGGAAUUCACAAUCAAAUGGAAGCCGUUAUCAAUUUGUUAGGCCUAGGCACUCUUGAUGUACGAUUUGUGGUGAUUCACGGUAUAGGGGGUAUUGGUAAAACAACUCUUGCUAAAGCUAUCUUUGAACGUAUCUCUUCCCAGUUCCAAAGUUGCAGCUUUCUUUUAGAUAUCCGUGGAAAUGAUAUUUUAAGUUUGCGAAAGAAAUUGUCACGUGACAUCCUUGGUAUUCAACAUUCAAAAGUUAUUGAUGCUUAUGAGCGGAGGGACAUGAUCGAAGAAAGACUCCAUGAUAAGAAAGUCAUCCUUAUUCUUGAUGAUAUGGACAAGAAGGAUCAGCUCAUGAAGCUAGCUGGUGAGUCUAGUUGGUUUGGGCCGGGAAGCAGAAUUAUUAUCACAACUAGGAACACCCAUUUCUUAGCUCCCCAAACUGACUACCAAGAUGACAAUAUCAUCCCACUUAAUCACCAAGAUUUCUAUUUUUAUGAAAUGAAGAUAAUGGAGUUAGGCCACGCUCUUCAACUAUUUAGCCAGCACUCCUUCAAAAGUGAUUCACCUCCACGUGAUUACUUCAAUAUUUCAUGUGAAUUUGUCAAUACUAGUGGAGGACUACCAUUGGCACUCGAGGUCAUAGGUUCAUUUCUUCAUUUAAGAAGCAUGAGAACUUGGAAAGACACAUUGAAGAAGUUGCAAACAAUACCCAACACGGAAGUCAAGAAAAAGUUGUUGAUAAGUUAUGAAGAAUUGGACUUCUCGCAACAACAAAUCUUUCUCGACAUUGCAUGUCACUUCAUUGGUGAAAAAAGAAUCCAUGCAUAUUACAUGUGGAAAGCUUGUAAUUUUUUUCCACAUACUGGACUCAAUGUCCUCAUUCAUUUGUCUUUGAUCAAAGUCAAUGAAGAUGAUAGAUUAUGGAUGCACAAUCAACUCAGAGAUCUUGGAAGAGAGAUUGUCGAGCAAGAAUGCGUUAGGAAUCCUGAGGAGCGCAGUAGGCUGUGGUGUCCGAAGACUGCCUCAAAUGUGAUUCAGAAUAACUUGGGAACAAAAAACAUUGUAGCACUCAAACUCACAAGACUUGAUGACGGGCAUAAUUUUACGAGUGGCGAAUUUUCCACGCUGCCAAGUUUAAGGUUCCUUGAAUUGGAUGGAGGAAACUUUGUCGGAGACUUCAAAAAUCUUCUCUCUAAUCUAACAUGGCUCUGUUGGCGUCAUUGCCCUUCAGAACUACAUGCCACCGGUUUACGUCUAAAGAAAUUGGCUGUUCUCAAGCUUUCGGAGAGUGAUAUUAUGGAAGACUAGAU